AUGGAGUUAUAUGAGAGGCUCCACAAGUAUAUGAGACGAGAUUUGGACGGCCGUACUGUCUCGAUGCACAGACACGAGGCUUCGGCACCAGAAAUAGAUAUCGCGCUAUACGCUAAUGCAGACAUGAACCAAGCUCAUUCUAUACGAGCUCUCAACGGCCAUAAUAUUCUCCUCGGCAAAAGAAUUGCGAAGGGACUAUACGACUACACCAUGGCGCCAUCGGUUCUUGGCGUUAUGGAUUUCAUGGGCCGAACCUGA